AUGCUCAGCCCUGUGACCGUGUGCUGCUGCACCAGCGAGCCUCUUCAAAACGGUCUGCGUUCAGCCAAGAACUUUUUCCGGGUGGUGUUUCGCAGCGGAGGACAGCUGCAGACGCACUGCUUCCAGGCCAGUGACGCCUUCAAUAAACAGCAGUGGCUCAACUGCAUUCGACAGGCCAAAGAAGCUGUGUGGUCAGCAGAGUCUGGAGCGGCGCAGACAGCCUGGACACUGUGCAGUGGAGCACUGACACCUGCAGGCGGCGCUGGAGUACUGUGUUAUGAUGGAGCCCGCUGGGUGGCACUGCUGCGCUCCGUUCACAGUCACACACUGUGGGCAUGUACAUGUGUGUGUGUUUAUGUGUGGUGCGACGCGCUUGCAGCAGCAGACUCAAACCCCACGCCGCCUGCGAGGAGGAUCCGCGGCCGCUCAUGUCUGCAGCUCGUGAAUAAAGCAGCGAUGGAGCGUCGAGGAGGGAAAUUCAGCGACAAAGAGAAAGACAAUCCCGCUGCGCCUUCAUGGAGCCAAAAUGGCGCCUUGGAGGAAGAGGAGGAUUGUCCGGACGGUCCCGAUGAAGAGAGACGGGUCAAGAGCGUCUCGUGGGCCGCGAAACCAGCCCAAGAGCAGCCGCGACUCAACUUCCACAUCCCCCGAAAGAGCAGAGAAAAGAGAGCUCUGUUUCAGUCUGUGUCUACGGACUCUAGAGAGUUUUCCGACGUUCUGCAGAUUCUCUCCUCCAGCUACAAGGACUCUUCCUCCACCGGGACGUUUGUGUACUCCAAACCUCGCCUCGUCCACAGCGAACCACUGGAGAAAGACUUCAUGGAAAAGCGAAGGGAGCUCAAGCAGGAUGGGCGCACCGAGAAAGAGCUGUCUGAGACUUUCUGCUUCCUGCUUUGUGAUGCUCAAAAGGUCUCGGUGGUGUGUGAGAGAGGACUGUCUGUUGGCAGCUGCUGGAUCAGUAUGUUGGGAAAUCCAUCUAAAGGUGAAAUAACCUUCACAACAGACACAGAUUUCAUCACACUGAUUCUUGAGUUUUGGUCUGUCAUAUUCUGCAAGGAGUCACAGGAAAUUAAAUAAGAGCUAUACUUUGAGUUGUCAAAAUCAGUUCUUGGUAUGCAAUGCAUUAACAUGCGUUUAGAAAUACAACA